GUUGUGCACCGCUUGUUGAAUGCAGGAUACGCGCGGCCCGAGCGUCUAUUCCAAGUUCAGCUUUGAAGCUUCAGCCUGCAAGGAGCGAGGACUCCACUCUGUUACCGAGAUGAAGUCUGCAGAAGAAGAUGCAUUCAGCUACACACCAAAUGUCACGCUAUCCCUUCCACUGGGCAUGGGCAACCCGUGUCUGGCUACCCAGUACCACACCUUACAGUCCAGUCCGAUCAUCUCCGUCACAUCUUGUCACCAGACAGGCUACAACUUCCAGAAUGACAACCAUGUGGCAUCAGGUUAUUACUUGCCUCAUGGCCUGAGACCAAACGGAGCUCCGGCCCUGGAAAGUCCUCGCAUUGAAAUCACCGCCUACAGUCAGUGUCCUGAGGACGAAGUGGAAGACAGCAACAGAGAAGACCACAUCAUCAAAAGAGGUGUUAACUCCAUUGUGACGCUGACACUGCCCAGUGCAGAUGGCUACCGUGAUCCCAGCUGCCUCAGUCCUGCCAGCAGCAUUUCUUCACGCAGCUGUAACUCCGAAGCCUCUUCAUACGAGUCCGGCUUUUACAAUUAUGACAACUCCGCACAGAAUUCUCCCUGGCAGUCUCCCUGCGUUUCUCCCAGAGGGUCCUCACUUUUGUCUUGCCCGCAUGCCAGCGGGCCCGCAGCCUCACCUCACAAUUCGCCUUCCAACUCCCCUCAGAUCGGAGCUGUGGCCGAGGAAGGCUGGCCGGCUCAGCUUCGUAGCUCCAGGCCGAACUCCCCUUCCUUCAAUGGCGGAGGCAACAACAACAGCAGCAGUGCCGGUGUGGGGAAGAGAAAGUACAGCUUCAAUGAUGCUCCCUACCACCAGACAUCUUGUUCACCCCACCAGUCUCCUAUUCCCUCCCCCUACGGCUCCCCCAGAGUCAGUGUCACGGAUGAGAACUGGCUGGCCAACGCCAACCAAUACACCAACUCUGCCAUUGUGGCCGCCAUCAAUGCUCUAACCACAGAUGGAGUGAUAGAUAUGGGAGAGGGAAUCCCGAUUAAGACACGUAAGACCAUGGUAGACCAUUCAUCGUCCAUGGGCCUCAAGGUGGAGCCUGGUGGCGAGGAGCGAGGCCACGAGGCGGAGCUCGGCCAUGAGGACUAUCCUUCACGCCUCGUCCUGAAGAAGGAGAACUACUGCGGGGGGUUCUUAGAGGUGCCUCAGCAUCCCUACUCUUGGUCUAAACCCAAGCCCUACCUAAGCCCAUCUUUGCCAGCACUUGACUGGCAGCUUCCAUCCUGCUCUGGCCCAUACAGCUUACAGAUCGAGUUACAGCCCAAGUCUCACCACAGAGCCCACUAUGAAACUGAAGGCAGCCGUGGGGCAGUGAAGGCUCUAUCUGGAGGUCACCCGGUUGUGCAGCUUUAUGGCUACAUGGAAAGCGAACCGCUCACCCUCCAGCUGUUCAUAGGCACCGCAGACGACCGCCUCCUGCGACCACAUGCCUUCUACCAGGUCCAUCGCAUCACUGGCAAGACGGUCUCCACCGCGAGCCAUGAAGUCAUGCAAUCCAACACCAAAAUCCUGGAGAUCCCUCUGCUGCCUGAAAACAACAUGCGAGCCAUAAUUGAUUGUGCAGGCAUCCUUAAGCUGCGCAACUCGGACAUUGAGCUUCGCAAAGGGGAAACAGACAUCGGACGUAAAAACACUCGCGUGAGGUUGGUGUUCCGGGUGCACAUCAACCAGCCCAACGGCAGGACUGUUUCCUUACAAGCCUCCUCCAACCCCAUUGAAUGUUCCCAGCGCUCAGCACAGGAGCUUCCCUUGGUAGAGAAGCAGAGCAUGGACAGCUACCUUGCUACUGGAGGAAAAAUGAUUGUCCUGAGUGGUCUCAAUUUCCAACCUGACUCGAAGGUGGUGUUUGUGGAGAAGGCGCAGGAUGGUCAUCAUCUGUGGGAAACAGAAGCCAAAGUUGACAAAGACUCCGUCAAAUCUAAUACACUUUUUGUUGAGAUCCCACCAUACCGGAACCAGAGAAUAGCUAACCCGGUGCAGGUAAACUUCUACGUGUGCAAUGGCAAGAGGAAGAGGAGCCAAUAUCAGCAAUUCACCUACCUUCCUCCCAAUGUGCCAAUGAUAAAGACAGAACCCAGUGAUGACUAUGACUCUUUGGGGACUUCAGCGCUGCCAAUGCAUUCAAAGUCCUACUUCAGUCAUCCCAGACUUAAUCCCAUCUUGCCUGUUGCCAAUCACGAUGUCUGUCUGGCUGGUGGCUACCCUCCCUGUCCUUCUGUCAAUGCUGCCAUGCCGUCAACGUCACCCAAUCCCAGCCCAACCUUGCAUGACCUCUCCCCUGUGGCAUACAACAAGUGCCUGCCCAAUAGUCCAACCCAAACAGUACCUCCAGGUCAGAUGGUGACCACCUUCCCAGAGACCAAUGGCAGGCCAAUCCUUACCCACCCAGCAUCUCCUGACCACAGCUCUCCCCUAGGUAUGCUCCAAACUCAGGGAAGCCCCGGUCACCUCAACAGCCCAGGAACCCAGGGAUUCCACCCUGUCUAUGCCAACAGCAGCCCUUCAUCCUCCCCAGCCUCCCAUGCCUCUACUCCUGGUGGGCCUGCGGAGAGUCCAUUUAUUCAGGCCUACAGCCCCAGCCAGGCCCAGGCAGGAGCAACCUCAGCUCAGGCUGGCGGGAACUCACCAAGUCUGCUUCACGAGGACUCCAGCUCACCUGCCAUUGCCAUCACCGUCAAACAGGAACCCCAGGAGCUGGACCAGAUUUACCUAGAUGAUGUUAACGAGAUCAUCAGGAAUGACCUUUCCAGCAUUUCCGUGCACACUCACGCGUAGACGUCCUGAAGCGCUGCAGCAAACACACAAAUAACAUCAUCAACACAUCAGAAGGAGAUCCAGCAGACGAAGAAGAACAACCACCACGACCAGGAUCUCCCAUCUGACCGAUGAUCAUCGCUCUUGCUCAAAGACAAGUCGACAUCUCUAUAAUAUGUUGAUAAGUAAAUACAGUAUGUCAUAUUGUACACAUUGGAAAUGUAUAAAGGGGCGGAAUGUGCUCUUUAGUGGACCAAACAGUUUACUGAGAAUUACUGACAAUCUUCUUUUGGAGUGUGAUGCUUUUUGUCCUCGCUUGGACAAGCCGAUGGCACAAUUGUCUCGCUUCGUGACUAUUUUCACUGUGCCUUACUUGUUAGUGAAGGCCAGCAGCAGAAGCAAAUGAUGGUCAAUUAUAACCCAAAGUUUUAUAUAUGACACUUUUGUAUCAUUUGAUGAUUUUGUUUACAAAGAAAACGGACAAAUGUUGGAAAUGACGUCGGGAUCGAAUAGUCUUUUUUUUCUCAUCCUUUUUUUCUCAAUGUCAUAUUUAUACUGAAUGUUGUUGUAUUAUUUUAUAAGGACAUAUUUGAAAAUCUGCCUUAUGCUUAUUCUACUAAGUUAGCUUAUCAGCAUUUCUUUCCCAAUAUAUUCUUGCUUACUUACAUUUUUACAACCCUUCUUUAUGCUUUCACCUUAGUGCCUGUUUCAUCAUGCCCAGUCUUCCACCAGACCAUGACAUUGUGACGCACAGACAAUCAUCGAACAUCACAUAAUCCAGAUAUCAUAUUUCUAAUUCAACAAUGGUAUACUUACCUGCUGAAUUCACACUACGUUAUCCUGAAGCAAUUCAGUCUGUUACUGCUCGCUCUGCAGGUGUAAAUAAACUAAAACGAUCAUUCAAGUGUUGCCAGCAUUGGUAAUUCAAAUGAAGACCUGGCAGGACUGUUACUUCCAAGUUCCACCUGGCAAUAAUUGAUCUGUGCAAACCAAAGCAUUUUAUCUUUGGUGAAAUUAUUGUCCAGGUUUGUCUUUUCAGUGCCCCCUCCCCAUCCCCCAGU